AUGUCAUUUUACAAAUGCAAUAUCAUGUUCUGCCCUUUUUCAAAACAAGGUUAUACUUUUUUUAUGGAGUACUGGGAAGCAGAAUUGGAGGUGCAGGACCUCUUUAGCAGUGACUCUAGUGGAGAAAAUGAGACAUGUGAAGAGAAAGAAGUGGAAGAUGUACGCCAGGGGGGGCCUAUUGAUGGUGACAAAGUAAAUGAGGCACUUAAAACACAAGAGAACAUAACUAAUGAAGGGGCCAUGCAUAUAUCAAAUGAUGAAGGAUUCUCCAACCAGGGGAUAUUUCUAAAGUACGGUAUACAUGCAGCGGCCACCAAUUUGACAAUGGAUAACAUGGUCGGUCAUGCUUUUGCUACACUUCUUAUGGCAGAAGAAUUCAUAUAUGAGUACGCAAAGGUAGUGGGGUUUAGUAUUCGUAAGGGCCACAUGCGUACAAAUAUUCGAGGUAACAUUCGUUUGAGAGAGUGGGUCUGCUCAAGGCAGGGAAGUAGGUAUGAACAGCAUACAUCAAGACUUGAUAGAGUGAGGGAGCCAAAGGCCAUCACCCGAUGUGGGUGCAAUGUGGCUUUUCGAGUUAUCCUUAACAGAAAGAGGGGUAACUGGAUAUGCAAAUAUUUUUUCCCAUUUCAUUCACACUCGUUAGCAAGUGAUCGUCACAAGCAGUAUCUAUGGUCAAAUAGAGUGGUAUCACCUGGCUGUCUUCAGAAGGCAAAUUGUAUGAAGAAAUCUGGCAUUAGAACAUGCCACAUUAUGUCAUACAUGGCAGAGCUAGUCGGCGGAUAUGAUAAGACCCCAUUUACAAUCAAAGACCUAUACAAUCGAAUGUCAUCGGCUUCAACUGUUGGCUUUAAGGGGUCGGAUGCUGGCAGAGCCUUAGGGUAUCUGGAGCACAAAGCAGAUCACGAUCCAGGUUUCUAUGGUUUAUUUGCUUAUGAUAAAGGCAAGAGAUUACUUCACUUGUUCUGGGCAGAUGCAAAAUCAAGGUCGGAUUACGAAAGAUAUGGACACGCAAUCGCCUUUGAUUCUACAUAUAAGACAAAUAGCUUUGGUAAGCCUUUGUUGAUUUGGGUUGGUAUUAAUAACCACUUUCGGACUUGUAUACUUGGUUUCGCAAUCCUUGACAAUGAAUCCACUGCUAGCUACAUGUGGGCAACGAGGGCCUUCUUGGCUUGUAUGAAAGGUGUGCUACCGAUAAUAGUUGUCACAGAUGGAGAUCCUGCCAUUGAAAAAACACUAAAAGAGUUGAUGCCUAAUGUCACACAUCGGCUAUGUUAUUGGCAUAUACACAACAAUGCCAUUUCUCACACAAAAGACCCAUCAUUCGGGAAGGAACUCACUAAUUUAGUGUUUAGAUAUUACACCGAGGAGGAAUUUGAAAGAAGGUGGGCAGCAUUGCUCACUCACUUUGAUGUGGAAGAUAACUCAUAUGUCGCAAGUCUUUAUAAAUCAAGAAAGAGUUGGGCAGAAACCUUCUUGAGGGGAAAUUUUUUUUGCGGAAUGACAACAACCCAAAGGAGCGAGGGUAUUAAUGUUGUCUUGAAGAAGAAGGUCAAUCAACAUAUGAAGAUGUAUGAGUUUGUUAGAGCUCUUGACAUGGCACUUUCAUGGGUACGACAACGAGAGGCUAAAGACGAGUAUGAGUCAUUGCACACAAUCCCACAAUUAGGGAAGACAAAUUUGCACAACAUAGAGGAGGAGUUGUCGAUAAUUUACAUGAGGAACAUGUUCUUCAGAGUAAGGAAGCAGAUGUCCAAAGAAGGAAACUACACCGUUGCAACUACUGAUGUAGAGGAUGAUGCAAUGAUAUUGAAGCUGGAGAAGUAUCCUCACCCAGGAAUACGGAGGUCAGUCUAUGUCACAGACGAUCGUCAAUUAUUUGCUUGUGAGUGCCAGUAUUUUCUUUCCUUUGGCAUACCUUGUCGGCAUAUUUUUGCAGCAAUUAAGCACCUGCGUAUCACACAAAUGCCUAAAUCACUAAUCCUAACACAGUGGACGAUUGACGCUACACAACUUCCUGAUGUGGAAAACGAUUCCUAUGCAAGAUAUCCAGACACAGAUGCAGAAGAGAGAGCAAGGUUUGGUGGCAUUACUACCAAAAUGACUGAACUCGCUUACUUGGGAUCGAGGACUCAUUAUGCAUACGAAAUAGCAAACUAUGAGAUUGAUAGAAUUUGCGCACAAUUAAGAAACAACCUCCAAAUUGGGGAAGAAGGUUCCAAUGACAAGCUUCCUUUACAUCGUCAAUCAGACUUCAACAUAUUGGAUCCUUAUUUGAGUAAGAAUAAAGGCACAUCUAAGAUGAGAGGGUCAAACGGUGGAGUAGCCCGAAAGUGUAGUAUUUGCAAAAAAAAAGGACACAACAAGUCUACAUGUCUACAAAGAAAGAAAAAUGGUCACAAGAACGGGGGCUCUGACAACUCUGAACCACACGAACAAGACGAAUAUCUAUAUGGAACAGAGGAUAUGGAUGACAGGGAAAGACAUACUAUCUACCAUAAUUCGGAAAGUGAAGACUUCAACGCACCUACUCACCGACAACCUUUCACACCAGAUUGUACGAACCAAGUGCAUAACUAUACAAAAGAAAAUUUGAGUUACUCUACAACAGAUGAUAUGAGUUCUGCCUUUAAGUGGUGGGAACCUCCAUAUGGUUAUUGA